CAGUCGCCGGUACCGAAUGUCCUUCUCUACACUCGUGCCGACCUCUACUUCAACAUGGUGGGCUUGAUGCUCAGGAGCUCGAGACGCCUUCAGGCGUCAUUGCAGCGCUCACAGUGCAAUGCCUCGCAAUACUUUACCCGACGUAGGCUUACAACACCCGCAAGCGGUGAUACUGCACAUCUACCGUUGGCUGGAAUCAAAGUACUUGACAUGACCCGAGUAUUGGCCGGACCCUACUGUACACAAAUUCUUGGAGAUCUUGGAGCGGACGUUAUCAAGGUUGAACAUCCCACAAGAGGAGAUGAUACUCGAGCAUGGGGCCCCCCAUACGCAAAGUACACGGACGGUAAAGAAGGCCCUGGAGAAAGCGCAUAUUAUCUUGGUGUAAAUCGAAACAAACGAUCAAUGGGUCUAUCAUUCGCACACCCAGCUGGCGUUGAUAUCUUACACCGUCUGGUUAAAGAAUGCGAUGUCCUGGUCGAGAACUAUCUCCCAGGUUCGCUCGCAAAGUACGCAAUGGACUACGACACUGUAUCCAAUAUCAACCCAAGUAUUGUCUACGCCAGUAUUACUGGAUAUGGCCAGACAGGGCCGUACCGCAACAGAGCUGGAUACGACGUCAUGGUUGAAGCCGAAAUGGGUUUGAUGCACAUUACAGGGCAACGCGACGGGCCGCCAGUCAAGGUCGGCGUAGCAGUCACUGAUCUCACAACUGGACUCUACACCUCAAAUUCAAUCAUGGCAGCUCUUCUAGGCCGGAUAAAGACGGGCAGGGGCCAGCAUAUCGAUGUUGCCCUCAGCGACUGCCAGGUAGCUACGCUUGCGAACAUAGCUAGCUCGUGUCUCAUUAGCGGCCAAAGGGAUACUGGGAGAUGGGGAACAUCGCACCCAUCCAUUGUGCCCUACAAAGCUUUCAAGACAUCUGACGGAGAUAUUCUGCUAGGAGGUGGCAACGACCGUCUUUAUGGCGUUAUAUGUAACAAGAUCGGCAAGCCCGAGUGGAUAUUCGAUGAAAGGUUCAAAACCAAUGCUUUGAGGGUCCGGAACCGAGAUACAUUGGAAGAGCUCAUCGAAAAUGAGACUCGGCAAAAGAGCACUCAAGAAUGGCUUGAGAUUCUAGAAGGGUCGGGCAUGCCCUAUGCCGCUAUCAACGAUGUGCAGGACACUCUCAAUCACGAGCAUGUCCGCGCCCGCGAUAUGGUAAAAGAAAUAGACCACCCAGAAUGCGGGCCUAUCAAGCUCAUAAACACACCGGUCAAAUGGUCGGAAUCUAAGCCUGGCAUUCGACUACCACCGCCUACACUUGGUCAGCACACUAACGAAAUACUUGGGGCUAUGUUGGGCUUGAGCAAGGAAGAUGUUGAGAGUCUGCGAAGCGAGGGAGUCAUAGCGUAGUGUAUCAUCAGAGAAAAAAGUACAUCACGCACAUCUAAAUAGCUCUACAAAGAUUUCUCAACUAUUGUCAGAUCCAUUCCUAAUCACACAU